AUGGCAGAAAACACCAGUCCAGCUAUCACUAUGACUUGUGAGGUUUGUUCAGAGUAUUACACUGACCCCCUCGUGCUUCCCUGUCUUCACUCAUUCUGUAAGAAGUGUCUAAUAAAAGCUAAAGAGAAGCAAGGUAGUGCUGAUACCUCAUUAAAGUGUCCAACGUGUGACACUAGCGUUAAUUUACCUGAUGGUAAAAUUGAAGGCCUCACUCAAAACCUUUGGUUUGAACAUAAAUCAAAAGAGGCUUCGAUCAAAAAGAAGAUCCACAGCAGGGAACCAAUAUUAUGCGGCAAAUGUCGUGUUAAAGAUUCCAGUGAUGCAGCUGUCGUGUAUUGCUGUGAUUGUGGCAAAUUUCUCUGCGAAUACUGCAAAAAUGGUCAUAAACGAAACCCAGAAAAAGCCGAUCAUGAGUUGAUUGAUCUAGGAGAAGCAGCACGUAAAGCAUUAAAGGAAAGUGUUACUAGUUGUGAUGGAGUCAUUCCUCCAGUCACUGAAGCUAUUGCUAAUGGAGAGAAGAUGCUAGAGCAGAUAGCAACACGUAAGGAAGAAGUAAGGCAGGAUAUCAAGAAAACGUUUGAAGAGCUUAAAGCUGCUUUAGAUAAGAGAUGCAAUGAUCUACUAAUGGAGACAGAAGAGAUUGCUAUCGCUAAAAAAAAUUCUGUCAAGAAGCAGUUGGACGGGUUUCGUAAACUGAUAAAACAAGUUUCUCAUGGUCGUCAUCUUGCAUCAUCAGUGAGUGAGCGUACUGAUCCAGGUGAAGUUCUCAGUGUUAAGAAGCUAAUCUCCAAUCAAUUAGAGGAAUGCAUCGAAGAGUAUAAGGAAUUACCUCUAGAAAUAGAAGAAAAUGAAGCAAUUUUAACAAGCCUAGACACCACUGUCAUGAGCAAUGAAAUUGGUAAAUAUGGUGGUGUUUUUAAAGUUGAUGCAGAUUUUUAUUCUGUCAAUAGUGGGCAAGCUAUUCCUCUGGGAACAGAACAGAAGGAACGGAAAUUUAAGCUGACAACUAAUAUUCCUGUACCUCUAGAUAAAGCCUUGCAGCACAUUCACACUUCCUUUAUCAAAAGUGAUGGAAAUAAAGAGGAGGGUAGAGUUGAUAUACAUGUAGUUAAGGAUAAUAACACAGCCAUUGUAUCAUGCACACCUCAAAGUAUUGGUGGAUAUGAACUAUCAGUGACUAUAAGAGGUCACCAUAUUAAAGGUAGUCCUUAUCAACUGUCAGUAAAAGCAUCAAGAGACUAUACCACACUAGCUUACCAGAGAUCCUUUAAUGUGGGGAAUACUUGUGGUGUUGCUGUUCAUACUAAUGGUGAAGUAUUUGCUAGUAGUCAUUAUGGUGGGUUUGUUCAGGUAUUUAGUGAGGAUGGUACUGCAUUAAGAAAGAUUGGAUCUAAAGGUAAUGGUAAUGGACAGUUCCAAUGUGCUUGGGGUUUAUUGCUGGUAGGAGACAGGCUCUAUGUGUCUGAUCUUAAUCUUCAUUGUGUGCAAUAUUUCUCAGCUACUACUGGUCAGUAUAUUGGUCAGUUUGGUAGUAAAGGUAAUGAAAAUAGACAAUUCUCUACUCCUCGUGGUAUGUCUACUGAUGGUAAAGGUAAUAUAUUAGUGGCUGAUUACAGCAACAAAAGAGUACAAGUGUUUAAAGAAGAUGGUACAUUUGUACAAGUCAUACAAUGUGAUGGUAAUGCAACUGAUGUAGCAGUUGAUAAUGAAGGAAAGAUACACGUUAGCAUUGGUGACCAAAAUCAUGUUCAAGUUUUCUCUUCUGAUAAUAAAAACCAACUUGAUACAUACAAAAAUAACAUUAGUUACCCUCAAGGUAUUGCUAUUGAUGACGAAGGAUACGUCUUUGUUUCAAAUAAUAAUGGCUGUCUUCAUGUAUUGAGUCCUGACAGGAAGCAAGUCAUCAAAUCGAUUUCACUCGCUGAAAUAUAUGGUAUAGCACUGGAUAAGGAUGGAUAUAUCUAUGUAGCCGAAUAUCGCAACAGUCGUAUAAUGAAAUAUUAA